AUGAAGGAGAGGUGCCGCCGCGAUCGCAUCAGGAGAGGUCUGGAGAAGCUUCAUAGGGCACUACCCCCGUCUCUGGCAAGGGCACAACUUGAUACAGCCACAAUGGUGGAGUCUGCUCUCACUUACAUUAAAGACCUGCAGGCCCGGAUUGAAGCCAUGGAGAAUUUGAUCGGUGUUGCCAUCAGGUCAUCAAGAUCUGCCAUGGAGGAGACGGCAUGUGGCUCGGCUGCAGGUGCAGGCGCAUCCCGGGUUACUUUUGAGUCGAUGUAA